GCAUUCCAAUUCAAAAUUUCCAAGCUGGGUCGGAAGCAGCCAUGGCGAGGCAAGCUCGUCCUUUUCUUCGAAAUUCCCACACCAUUCUCCUCCACAGCCUCAACCCAAUUACAGCCUCUAUCCAACAAGCCCAACAAGCCCAUGGCCACAUCCUCAAAACAGGCCUCUCCAGUCACACUCACCUCACCACCAAGCUUCUCUCCCUCUAUGCCCAUCUCCUUCGUUUCUCCGAUGCCGCUCUCCUCCUCGACUCCCUCGCUGACCCCGAUGCCUUCUCCUUUUCUACCCUCAUAUCCGCCUGCUCCAAGUCUGGCCUCUUCGGCCAGUCUCUGUGCCUCUUCCGCCGAAUGCUCUCCCUUGGCCUCCCACCCGACAGCUUUAUCUUUCCCAGCACCCUCAAGGCCUGUGCGGGCCUAUCGGCCAUUGAUACUGGCCGACAGGUCCAUGGGCUUGCGUGGGCAAGUGGAUUCAAUUCGGAUUGCUUUGUGCAAUCCUCCCUUGUUCACAUGUAUGUGAAGUGUGAUGAAAUGUGGGACGCUCAUCGGGUGUUUGAUGGAAUGAUGGAACCGAAUGUGGUUAGUUGGAGUGCGAUGGUCGCAGGAUACGCUCGGCAGGGGCUUGUAGAUGAGGCGAUCCGCCUUUUUGAUCGGAUGCAGGAUUCAGGAGUAGAACCCAAUUUGGUGUCUUGGAACGGUUUGAUCUCAGGGUUUAACCAUAAUAGGCACUCGUCCGAAUCAGUGGCCGUGUUAAAGAAGAUGCAUAUGCAGGGGUUCAAGCCCGACGAGACUAGCAUCUCAAGCGUGCUUCCUGCUGUAGGGGAUUUAGAGGAUUUGGCAACCGGCAAGCAGAUUCAUGGCUAUGUGAUCAAGCAAGGGUAUGGGUCAGAUGCUUGUGUUGUUAGUGCACUUGUUGAUAUGUAUGGGAAGUGCCAGUGCACAACGGAGAUGUUGCAAUUGUUUGAUGAGAUGGUUGGAAUUGAUGUGGGCUCAUGCAAUGCACUGGUUGCGGGUCUCUCUCACAAUGGCCUUGUUGAUGAUGCGUUGAGAGUGUUCAGGCAAUUCAAAGAUGGAGGAAUAGAGUUGAAUGUUGUGUCAUGGACCUCCAUAGUCGCUUCUUGUGCGCAGAAUGGGAAGGAUAUUGAAGCGUUAGAGCUUUUUAGAGAGAUGCAACUUGUGGGUGUGAAGCCCAAUUUAGUGACAAUUCCAUGCUUGCUACCGGCAUGUGCGAACAUUGCAGCAUUGAUUCAUGGAAAGGCGGUCCAUGGCUUCUCUCUCAGGAGGGUGAUUUUGGAUGACGUGUACAUUGGCAGUGCUUUGAUUGAUAUGUACGCCAAGUGCGGGAGAAUCGGUGAUGCUCAGCGUGUCUUUGAUGGGAUGCCAUCCAGGAAUGUUGUUUCAUGGAAUGCCAUCAUGGGUGGAUAUGCAAUGCAUGGGAAGGGUAAGGAAGCUAUGGAGCUAUUUUCUUUGAUGGAGCAGAGUGGGCAGAAGCCUGAUUUUAUCAGCUUCACUUGUGUGCUAUCUGCCUGCAGCCAAACUGGCCUAACAGAAGAAGGAUUUCGCUAUUUUAACAACAUGUCUCGUGAGUAUGGUAUUAUGGCUAGAAUGGAGCACUACGCUUGCAUGGUUAGUCUCCUAAGUCGUGCAGGAAAGCUAGAAGAGGCAUCUGCCAUGAUCAAAGAGAUGCCAUUUGAGCCAGAUGCUUGUAUUUGGGGAGCAUUGCUUAGUUCAUGUAGAGUUCAUGGGAAUGUGAGUUUGGGCGAAAAGGCAGCUGAGAGCCUCUUCAAAUUGGAGCCAAGAAAUGCUGGGAACUAUGUUCUUCUUUCUAAUAUAUAUGCUGCUAAAGGCAUGUGGGAUGGGGUAGAUAGGGUUAGGGAAAUGAUGAAGUGCAUGGGCUUGAGGAAGAACCCUGGUUGUAGUUGGAUUGAGAUGAAGAACAAGGUGCACACACUUCUAGCGGGGGACACAUCUCAUCCUCAGAUGACCCAAAUCCUUGAGAGAUUGGGUAGGUUGAACAUGGAGAUGAAGAAAUUGGGUUACCUCCCGAAUACUAACUUUGUCCUGCAGGACGUUGAGGAACAAGAGAAGGAGCAUAUCUUGUGCCGGCACAGUGAGAAGUUAGCAAUUGGGUUGGGGCUUUUGAACACACCACCUCGGUCCCCUCUUCGUGUCAUUAAGAACCUCCGAAUCUGUGGAGAUUGCCAUGUGGCAAUAAAAUUCAUAUCGAGCUUUGAAGAGAGAGAAAUAUUUGUCAGGGAUACGAAUCGGUUUCACCAUUUUAAGAACGGAGUGUGUUCUUGCGGGGAUUACUGGUGAGCAAUGAUGUUCAGUGCAGACGAAGAGUCAUCAUAAGCCCUCUGUGGCUCAGAGACACUGUUUGACAUUGGGGUACUCGAGUGAUCAUGGGUCUCCUUAAUGUCCAGUUUUCAGUGUUGCAUGGUGGUACAUGAUGUGAAAAUCACAUGUGACCUUCAUCACAACAGAUGCUAGGGAGGGGCACUUCCAACUUUUCAGUUCAGCUAGCUGUGUUAAUAACCCGAUUAGAAGCUUCUACAGAGACUGGAGUUUAGGCAGGGAAAAAUGAUGAUGAAGUUUAUUCAUGAAGGUGCUGGUACACAUCGGCUCCUACCUCCAUCUUCAAUGCAUUCAAAGUAUGUCAAUCAUUCACGGCUUGCUGGAAAGUAACGCUGCACAUCACUCUGGAGUACUAGAAGAAAGAUCAGUGGAAAAUAGCAAGAUACCAAUUUUCAAGCAGCAUUGAAGAUGGGUAAUCAGUUAUUGUUUGGAACUUCAAGCUGGAGAGGCAGAUUACAUUCCCAACCUGUCUGAUAAUUUCGCCCGCGUGAAUGGUGAAAGAAGCUCCAUCUGGUGAACGAAUUGAAUGUCAUGAACUAAUGGGUUGUUUGAUCUGCUUGGAGGAGAUCCACAGUAACAAGAAGGAGAACAUCCGGUGGUGCUCAUCAGCUCCCGCCCAUCAUGUCUCUGAGCAGAACCAGGUCAUGAAAUUCUAUUAGAAGUGAUUAAAGGAAGUGUUUCCAUUUUUCUCUACACACAUUGCCUUCCUCUUUUAUUUAAGAUGUAGUCUUGUGUUAUACAUGAUUGUAUAGCAACUCCAUAUUUGAAUAGAAGAGAUGCCAAGGCCUGUUUGGAUUGCCAA